AUUCUUUUCUCGGGUUUCAGCAAGACACUGACAGCCCGAGCUAUUUUUGGGGGAUGUUUUUUCCCGACAGCGGAUGCAGCUUAACGAAAACGCAGCCAGCAUGCUAAAGAACUGCAGCUAUCUGCCUUGCACGUUGUGUUCAUUUUUCUUUAUUUCUCCAUUUUCCUGCGCCGAGCCCAUAAAGGACAAUCUCUCUUGCAAACAAAACCCCCAGAGCCUGGUUAACGGGACCGAAGGCUCCCAGACACGGAUUGCUUGCCAGCCGCAGCACGGCGGAGCGGGCCCGGCAGGAGGCGGAGGCGGAGGCGGGGCGGGCGGCCGCACGUCCCCCGGCCGGCCGAGCGGCCCCCCCGCCAUGGGUCGGAAGCGCUGCGUGGGGGGAGACGGCUCCAAGAUGGCGGCGGGUUGCUGCGGGGUGAAGAAGCAGAAACUCUCCAGCUCCCCUCCGUCGGGCUCGGCCGGCCCGGGCGGCGGCGGCGGCGGCGGCGGCUCGGGCUCCCACUGCGGCGGGGCGGCGGCGGCGGCGGCGGCGGGGGGCCCCGGUCCCGGCGAGCCCGGGCUGCUGCUGCUGCCCCCGCCGGGGGGCGCCCCUCGCGUGAACGGCCUGGGGGGCCUGGCGGGGGGCUCCCCCGGAUGCGCCCUGGCGCCGCCGCUGCCGCCCAGCUGCGGCGGGGGCCUCUCCGCGCCCUCCGCCGCCGCCUCGCUGCUCUCGUCGCCCGGAGCCGGGCCCGGCGGCGGCGGCGGCUGCAGGAAGAUGGUGGUGUCGGCCGAGAUGUGCUGCUUCUGCUUCGACGUGCUCUACUGUCACCUGUACGGGUACCAGCCCCCGCGGAGCCCCCGCUUCACCAACGACCCGUACCCGCUUUUCGUAACGUGGAAGAUUGGUCGAGACAAACGAUUGCGAGGAUGCAUAGGUACCUUUUCUGCCAUGAACCUGCAUUCAGGACUCAGGGAGUACACGCUUACUAGUGCCCUUAAAGAUAGCCGAUUCCCCCCAAUGACGAGGGAUGAGCUGCCACGGCUUUUCUGCUCAGUGUCUCUACUUACUAAUUUUGAAGAUGUCUGUGAUUACUUAGAUUGGGAGGUGGGUGUACAUGGCAUUAGAAUAGAAUUCAUCAAUGAAAAAGGAUCAAAACGCACCGCCACCUACUUACCGGAGGUUGCAAAGGAGCAAGGAUGGGACCAUAUUCAGACCAUAGAUUCCUUAUUGAGGAAAGGAGGGUACAAGGCUCCAAUUACAAAUGAUUUCAGGAAAACAAUAAAACUGACCAGGUACCGUAGUGAGAAGAUGACGAUGAGCUACACGGAAUACCUUGCCCACCGUCAACACCAUCACUUCCAGAAUGGCAUCGGGCACACCCUUCCACCGUACAACCAUUAUUCCUGACACUGAGCCGCAUGACCAGCCCCUGGACCUCUCUGCAGACCUCUUCCCGGGAGACCCCGCCCCCUCUUGGUCUAGCUAUCUCUAUUACUGUACCAUUUUAUGAUGAUAGUUUCCGUUGUUGUGAUGAUACUUCUCUGUGGCAGGUUAAGUUCAUCAUGGCAACGGGUGGAAACGCUGCAUCAUUACGAAGAACCCCUUUACUUACUUUUUUAAAACAAAACAAAACCUUAUUCUUGAGUCACUGGGGUUGUUGGUGGGUGUUUUGUUUUCAUUUUUUUUCCCCGUUUUUUGGCAGCAUAUAGAACACUCGGGAUUUUUUUAUAAAAAAUUUAAAUUUCUACUUCAUUAACAUUGAAUUAUAUCAAUCAAGGUUUUCUGUGAGACUGUGGAUGGAAGGAAAGAAUAUAAUAAUGCUUAAGGGUUUGAACUAGAGAACAAAGCGUGAUUAGCUGCUAGAAAAAUAAUAAAAAUUCACAUAUCGGAUGUAGAUCAGAGACUAGACCAUGAAGGAGGCCUGGGUGGGACUAGCAUUGUAAUUCGUUGGUGUUCCCAUAAGUAAAGGUUCUUUUUCUUUCAUGUAGGUAAAUACAUGAUCCUGUUCUGGUACGCCCAGGAGGGGGCUUGACAAUAAGAUGUAUUGCUUGAUUAUGAAUAAAAAGAAGCUAUGAUUUUGGGCAAAAGAGAAACGCAAUAAUCAUAGGAAGAAUUUCAUUACAGACCAGGCUGGGAUCUUUGUUCCAUUGACUUGGGUGAUGCGUUUCCCAUUCGAAUUCCUGGAACUUAAAAUCUCAGCCCAAGUCUCUAACAUUGGAAGGGUGUGUGCCACCUUUGCUCCCGUGGGACUGAAAGGUGGGGUCUUCCCUUUCCAGAUUAGGGUAGAGAUAAUGGACACAAUCCACUGAGCUCUACCCUGCGCAGCUCCUGUCUACGUCCAGGGGCUUGCGUGUGAGUGACUGCAACCAACAAGGUUUAGCUCCAAGCACCAAUGCCAUGUUGAGGCUUCUAAGAUAGGAGUUGCUAUUUGUAGCCCAAACAAUUGGCAUGUAGCAGCUGUUGUAUUAGGAAGUGGAUGGAUUUAGGUAUUAGUGCCUUCAACUGGGGUGGAAAUUUCAUAGAAACAAUAGGAAGAAAAGCACAGAAACAGAAUCCGAAGAAAAGGUGGCUCCACUGAAUUCCAAUCUCCACUGAGACAUGGCGAGGAAUGGAAUUCUUUUGAGAACGGAAUUCAGUGUUCUUUUCUGUUCCCAUCAAAUUACCUAGAGUUUACUAAGUUACCAUUAAACCCCGAUGCAGUUAGGUACCGUUUUAAGACACAGUGAGGGGAAGGAGGGGAAAAAUGCUUUUGAAUUAUCAGGUGUCCACAUAAUACUGAGCAGAAGGAUCAGUACUAUGACCCUGGCUGGCCCUCCGCCCUGUGUGAAGGAGGCGGAGGAAGCCAUUGUCCGGAUCAGACACCCUUGACAGCUUGAGUAACGGGGAAGAGAUACAGAGAAAGGUGUCCAUGUAGUUGGACGUUCUUAUUUUAGGACUUAACUUGUUCCGUGCCCAUGCAGAGCUCUCAUGACCUUCGAUGGUGGUGAAGUGCAUAUUCGAGGGGGUAGAGGAGAGAUCCCUGCCCUUUACCACACAAGGCCUCCUUCAUUUCUAACCUUGUUAGAAAUCCUGGCGUAUUUCCCAUACUAGGCGUUGGCGUUCGUAGAUGGAUAGGUGAGCUUGGGCAAAACUAGGCACCGUAAUACAUAGCAAGCAGCUAGUUAAGAAUCUGCAAAUGUUAAGAGGUAAUUGGAUGUACCUUUACGGACAGGGAGGCAAGCAGGGCUGGUUCUCACAGGGUUUGCUGUCAUUACUUCAUCCACAGCAUUUAAUGUCCAAAUAUUAACUUUCUGUUUUGAUGCCUUAAUUUUAAGUGAACAGAAGGCCUGAAGAUACAAAUAGCCAGCAACGAUGGCUGGCACACGCCGUAGGCAAGGGAAAGAAAUGGCCAUCACUUCUAUUGAAGUUGUUUGGUACGGUGGGGUUUUUUUUUCCCCAUUUGGAGUGUUGGAACGUGGAUUCACCUUGAAGCGAAAGUUGUCAUCCAGUGGCUAUGUGAUUGCAACUUUUCAUUUUUGCCCUUAAAAGGGAAACUUGAGCACAAGCUGAAAAACUAUUCUCUGCUGCAGACAUUUGAAAAAAAAAAAAAAUCAGCCAUGGCCACCCGCUACCAUCUUUCUCCAUUAUCUCAUUAAAGCUCAUGCCUCCGGGUGAGCUCAUUGUUAGACGUUUUUUAAAAAGAUCUAUUAUAUAUAUAAAUAUAUGUGUAUUUAAAGGUGCUAAUCAACCUUGAGCAGGUCACGUGACUGGUCAUGCGGACUCUAAAAUCAUAUCAGAUUUUUUUUAAAGAAAAAAUCCUCAAUAUAUGCAGAUGUUAUACAGAAUUUCUUACCAGUGUAAUAAUGAUAUACUGAUUUAAAUAAAAUAUCCUGCAGGGUUUGAAGGACGAGGUCAGCAAUACUUCCCACCGUGGCUUGGGGGAGGGGAAAAAAAAAGGAUCAUUUUUGUCUCCUUUUUGUACACAGCAUAAUGCACAAUGCGUUUUUGUCUAUCUCUCGGUAGCUGUUGCUUGGGGAAUAAAAAAUAAAAUAGUUGUUCAAAGGGUUCUACAAACUGGAAAGGUGUGCUUUAAAAAAAAUGAAAAAACCUCCAGACCCUUCUGAACCUGUCUUGCGUAUAUAUGUUCAUUUAUGAAGAGCUCUUUACUAGUAUGGUGCAAGACGUCAGUUUUGGGCCAAAGCCUCGGUAAUAUUGUUUUUAUAUACAGACGAAUCUGUUUCUCAGUGACACUUUUUUUCCUGGCACCUUCCUCGGCAAACAGGAGUGCCGACAACACAAAAGAUUGUGUUCCUUACGCAAUUGUGGGCUUAUUUGUACAAAAACAUGGUGUGCUUCACAGGAACAUAAUAGGUCUGUUCACCUAAAACAAAUCACAAAAACGAGGCUUGAAAUAUGCGUUGCAGUUUGUUCUGAAAUAUGCAAAUUAAAAUUGGAGCCUUUUUGUAUCAAUUUAUAAAACCCAAGACAGACGAUCAUCUUUUUAUUGAUCGCUCAGCUUUGGACAAGCAUGGAUCAGGGUGGUUUUUUGUUUGUUUUGCCUUAUUUCAUUCCAAAAGGCGCUUUACUCAUAGCUUUAAAAAAACAUGUUUCCUUCACCCAUGUAAGGGCAGUUAAGAGAACAAAUCUCUCUAGCUAAGCUGAAGGAGAGAAUGUUCUUGAAACACACACACACACACACACACACACACAGAGUAGCUGGUGUCCUGUGCAGUGCUGUGUGUUGCUUGUGUGCUGCCAUCUUGCCACGUGGACCACUGCAGGCUACGUGGAGUAGGUGGCACGUUCCACCCACAGCACACUGCCAGCUGGAAGCAUUUGGCCCACCACAUCGCAACGUUUUGUAUCUCGACCUCUUACUUGUCUUUCAACUGUGCGGGUUCUUGAAACUGUCUGGAGUAGAUUACAUCUCUCGUGUGUUGGACUGAACCAAAGACUCCUCCAGCCAAGCCUAUAUGCUGCUCCUAAAAAGCCUGCCUUCCAGUCCUUCCAAAGUCUCUGCAGGAUGAAAUGGGUUAACUUUUUUAUUUUUGUACAGUUUCUAACUGAUUUUUGCUAGUGAUGUUAAUUGAAUUAAGUUUUGAGGAGCCUACGCAACUCCUCCAUUGAAAUAAACUGGUGACUUUUAUGUUUAAAUAAAAUAAUAUAGAAACCCGAAGUGUGCCUCUCAGAUUUUAAGGGUUUCUGGUUACAUUUAUUAAGACCAGCAAUGAUUCUUUAUAUACAAAGAUAUGUUUUCCUUGUUUUUUUAUUACUGUUUCAGAAGAAGAAAAUACUUCCUUUUGCGCUCUGGAACCAGUAACUGCGCUGGUACAUAAAUGCACUGAGAAAAAAAAAAACUUUUGUAACAACUUAUGACUGUUUUGUAUAUCAAAGUUGAUUCUUUUCAAAAGAUUUGGAUCUAGUUUCUAAGUUAUUUUAGUGUUUUAUAUGUUACAAGAAUUAAAUGUUCACCAGCAUAAUUAGUUAUCUUCAAUGCAAAAGGUGACACAGAAAUGGGCAAAGAAGCUGCCUGGUGUAGCUUUCAAGGCCCCUAUUUUUUUCCUUCCUUAGUAACUUGACUAUUGAUUACAAUAUUAUCACAGAUUACCACAAACCUCCUUCCAUUAAAACUAGAUCCUUCCUUCCAUGUUUAUUUGCUAUUAGUGUGAAGAAACUGUUGAAAAAAACCUGGGCAUUUUAUAAGUAUGGCUUAAAGGUAAAAAUGAGGAAAAAGCAACAAAAAAAUAUAUCUAGAAGGUAAUUUGUGGGUCUGUGAGAUAUGGCUGUGGAAAGAUAUUGUAGUAGUUUUAACACUAUUGUUAUUACCUUUUAAAUCAUUUACCCAAUAAAAUAAGGAAAAAUCACA